GUACGAAGACUACGUCAUAUCCAGUCUUCUGAAUGUCUGUUCUUUUGUAAAGGCUGGUUUGUCGUUCAGUGAGGAGCGUUCAUUUCUGCAGUGUGAAGUCGUGGUAUUAGUCUGUAAAGCAAGGAAGCUUUCAAGAUGGUGGCCGGAGGCAAAUUGAUGAAUGUCCGGGUGACGACGAUGGACGCGGAACUGGAGUUCGCGAUCCAGCAGACGACUACGGGCAAGCAACUUUUUGAUCAAGUUGUGAAGACAAUCGGCCUGCGGGAAGUGUGGUUCUUUGGUCUCCAGUAUACGGACAGCAAAGGCGACCUCACGUGGAUUAAGCUCUACAAGAAGGUGAUGAGCCAGGAUGUAAAGAAGGAAAACCCCCUUCAGUUCAAGUUCCGCGCCAAAUUCUACCCAGAAGAUGUUGCCGAGGAGCUGAUUCAGGAUAUCACGCUCCGUCUUUUCUAUUUGCAGGUGAAGAACUCCAUUUUGUCUGAUGAGAUAUAUUGCCCACCUGAGACAUCUGUUCUUUUGGCAUCAUAUGCUGUUCAGGCUCGUCAUGGAGAUUACAUGAAGUCUCUCCAUAGUUCUGGAUUCCUUGCAAAUGAUCGCUUACUGCCUCAGAGAGUCAUGGACCAACACAAGAUGUCCCGAGAUGAGUGGGAACAAAGUAUCACCACCUGGUGGAAUGAACAUAAGGGAAUGCUGAGGGAAGAUUCCAUGAUGGAAUACUUGAGAAUUGCACAAGAUCUGGAGAUGUAUGGUGUGAAUUACUUCGAGAUUCGCAACAAGAAAGGAACUGAACUGUGGCUUGGUGUGGAUGCUCUAGGACUUAAUAUUUAUGAAAAGGAAGAUAAAUUGACACCGAAGAUUGGUUUCCCUUGGUCAGAAAUACGGAACAUCUCCUUUAAUGACCGGAAAUUCAUCAUUAAGCCCAUUGAUAAGAAAGCGCCAGAUUUUGUAUUCUUUGCACCACGUGUACGCAUCAACAAACGUAUUUUAGCUCUGUGCAUGGGUAAUCAUGAACUGUACAUGCGUCGCCGCAAACCAGACACCAUUGAUGUCCAGCAAAUGAAGGCCCAGGCACGUGAAGAGAAGACUGCAAAGCAACAACAGAGGGAAAAACUGCAGCUUGAGAUUGCAGCAAGAGAACGUGCAGAGAAGAAGCAACAGGAAUAUGAGGAACGGCUUCGCACCAUGCAAGAGGAAAUGGAGAAGAGACAACAGGAUCUUGCUGACGCUCAAGACAUGAUCAGGCGUCUUGAGGAGCAGCUCAAACUGUUGCAAGCAGCCAAGGAAGAGCUGGAGGCUCGACAGAAUGAAUUGCAGUCCAUGAUGGAGCGCCUGGAGGAGAGUAAGAACAUGGAAGCUGUUGAGCGAGCCAAGCUGGAGGAAGAAAUCAGAGCUAAACAAGAUGAGGUGGUGAGGAUCCAGACUGAAGUGGAGCAGAAGGAUGAGGAGACGAGACGUCUUCAGGAAGAAGUUGAAGAGGCAAGACGGAAGCAAGACGAGGUGAAGCAGGCACUUCUUGCGGCCACUACAACACCGCAACAUCACCAUGUCCAAGAAAAUGAACAGGAUGAAGAUGAUGAGGUGUUAAAUGGGGAUGUAAGCCGGGACUUAGCAACGGAUGACAAUAUUAUUGACCCCAUAGAGGAGAGACGAACAUUAGCUGAACGCAAUGAACGUCUUCAUGACCAGCUCAAGGCUCUGAAGCAAGACUUGGCUCAGUCUCGUGAUGAAACAAAGGAGACAGCAAUGGACAAGAUUCAUAGGGAAAAUGUUCGUCAGGGUCGCGACAAGUACAAGACCUUGCGCGAAAUUCGUAAAGCAAUACAGCUUUGA